GUGGGUAUCCAAUAUUCCAUGCGAGCGACAAUAAAAAGAAAAAGAAACAAAUCGGAGAACAAGCUCAGCUCAGCUGGUAGACUUCUCUUGUCGGCUGAUCACCAUCUCUUUCCGCAUCAAUUACUGCGAAAAAAACAAUCUACCUGCGUAAAAAACAAUCUUGCUGCGUAAAAUCUGGAAAUCAUCCAUGGCGGGUGGGCAAGGGAAUGCGAAAGUUGAGGUGUUUGAUGCUGAGGAAGAUGUGGCCGUGGCUCUAGCAAAAUACGUUGCUCGUCUAUCAGACGUACACACAAAGGGGAAAGGUGUCUUCACCGUUGUUCUCUCCGGAGGUACUCUCAUCGAUACAAUGAGGAAAUUGGCCAAACCUCCGUAUCUUGAUACAAUUGAUUGGUCAAAAUGGCACGUGUUUUGGUUGGAUGAGAGAGUAGUACCCAAAACUGAUCCUCUAAGCAACUAUAAACUCGCAUAUGAUGGGUUCUUAUCCAAGGUUGCGAUUCCCCCCAACAACGUGUAUGCUAUCAAUGAUACAUUGCCUGCACCAGAGGAUGCUGCUGACGAUUAUGAGGCUUGUCUUAAAAGCUUGGUUGAGAAAAAGGUCCUAGAAUUAUCACAGGCUAGCAGUUUCCCAAAGUUUGAUCUCAUGUUACUUGGUAUGGGUCCAGACGGACAUGUAGCUUCUCUCUUCCCCAAGCACCCUCUUCUUAAGGAGCAAAAGCGUUGGGUUACCUACAUUAAGGACUCACCAAAAAUGCCUCCAGAGAGGAUUACUUUCACUUUUCCGGUUAUCAACUCGUCUGCAUAUAUUGCCCUCGUCGUGACUGGAGCUGAUUUAGCCAAAGCCGUGCAUAUAGCUUUGGGAAAUCACGACCCUUCUGAUCUUUUGCCUGUUCAGAUGGUUUCACCCAAAGGAGAGCUGACGUGGUUUUUGGACAAACCAGCAGCUUCUAAGAUUUAAGCUUGUAGCCUUGUAUGGCUAAAGUUUAUUGUUGUGAAAUAUUAAGUUGCUGUUUGAAAAUAAGAAAGGAAAGAGAUGUACUGUGUGUUGUGUGGCUUGAUUGCAAAAUAAAAUGUGAAAUAUUAAGUAGCUGUUUGAAAAUAAGAAAGGAAAGAGAUGUACUGUGUUGUGUGGCUUGAUUGCAAAAUAAAAUCUGGAUUACUGUGACAAUGAAUGUUGAGACUACUAUCAUUCAUGCUGGUAUUGAAGGAGAAUCUGGAUAAUAUCAGAUUGAUUUGUGUU